UUUCUUCUCUUCUCUCGUCGCCUCCGCUCCCCGCUCUCCUCCCCUCCGUUCUAUCCGGCAGUGGUUUUUGCCGUCUCCCGAAGGCAGCAUCGUUCACCCGCCUCUCCGUUUCUUUGGGGCCUUGCACGUCUUUCGGAUACCUGAAGGAGUGAUAUCUGCUUCUGACCUCGAAUACCCUAUAGGAAUUACGGGAUAUAGCUCCAUUCCCGACUUCCUGCUUUCCCUCUUCUCUUUUUCCCACCAUGAGAGCAGACGUCGAGAUGAACGAAGAAAGUUCUAAGCUUUUCGAGAGGGAGCAAGCUAUAUACAAUAAUCUGGACGAAAGGUUUGAGAUCCACAAGGAGAAGUACAAAGGGCAGCAGUACAGCCACAUAUACUUCAGUCGGCUCCACCACAUGAGGAAUCUUCUUUACUCGCUCGUUCCCAAUUGGAAGCCCAACCUUCCCGUUAAAACAAUUUUGGGACUUGAAGAAGGGAAAGAGUGCAUAAUUGUUGGCACGAUAUACAAACACAUGAAACUUAAGCCUUCUAUACUUGAUGAGUAUUCCAAGGAGAGAUCUAAAGUUCCUCUUGUGAAGCCUCACAAUUUUGUGCACCCUGAUGACCAUCUUAUUUUGGAAGAUGAAAGUGGUAGGGUUACACUUACGGGUAGUUUGCUUGACCCUUCUGCUUUUGUAACAGGUAUUGUUGUUGCCCUUCAUGGGAAGGAAACUAGUGAAGGUGAUUUUUUUGUUGAAGAUAUGCUCGAAGCUGGGAUACCUCCUCAAACUGAACUGCCGCUUAGCUCAAUUCAGUGUAUCAAGAACGUGACUUAUGUUUCACCUUUGCAACUCGGGAUCUUAGGUUGUCUCAUCAUUCUUGCAGGAGAAGACAAGUAUGUUGUUUUUGUAUCUGGAUUGAGUAUUGGAAGCAGCAUAUUUAAUCCACUUCAAUUCCAACUUCUUGUUGACCAUAUUACGGGUCAUUUAGGUGAUAGAAAUGAACAAAGCAUUGCAUCGCAAAUAGUCCACGUUGUUGUUGCUGGAAAUUCAGUGCAAAUUCCACAAGUACUUCUUAGUGGUCAUACAAUUGCUCCCAGGGAUCAGUCUACCUUAACAGAACCAAUAAAGGAGCUAGAUAUUUUACUGAAUCAGCUUGUUGCAGCUAUGCCUGUUGAUAUAAUGCCAGGACCCAAUGAUCCGGCAAACUUUUCCUUACCUCAACAGCCUCUAAACAGAUGCUUGUUUCCUGGAGCAUCUGCAUAUAACACAUUUAUGUCAUGCACAAAUCCUCAUCAGUUUGAGUUGGAUGACAUUCUGUUUCUUGGAACAUCUGGCCAGAAUAUAGAUGAUCUGUUCAAAUAUUCUGAGGCUAAAAACAGACUUGAAUUUUUGGAGAAGACAUUGAAAUGGAGGCACCUUGUACCGACAGCUCCAAACACUGUUGGAUGUUAUCCUUUCACCGAUAGAGAUCCUUUCCUCAUUGAAAGUUGUCCACAUGUGUACUUUAUUGGUAAUCAGGAUAAAUACGAAACCACAUUAGUACAAGGGCCUGAGAAGCAGUUAGUGAGGCUCAUUUGUAUCCCAAAAUUUUGUGAGACUGGCAAUGCUGUUGUGCUUAAUCUGAGGAAUCUAGAGUGCCACACCCUCAGUUUCCCAACUAGCUUGGAUUUGUAACCUGGCAUUCCAGACCUUCGAAUCGCUGCUAAGUUAAUUUGACUUUCGACACCAAAUAGCUGAUGGUACUAUGUUGUUUUCUUUCUUGCCAUGCUCCGAUAUUGACUCAGUAUGGUUGUUUCAAGUGUAGACUGUGUUCUAUCUUGUAUCAACUGCAUCUGAAAUUUUUUGAAGUUUUUGGUCUUGCAAAUGUAUCAGUUUCUUAGUUUUGUUUGAAGACUUUUUCUUGAGGAAAUUAAACUCUUGUUUAAUGUACAUCCAAUGCUUUAUUGCAAAUUCUCAUCC